AUGUUAUUCGUUGGCCUUCUAUCAUUUUUAUUAGUUUUACUUCCAAUCACAGCCGGGGCAAAUGAUAAUUUAGUAGUCCAGAAAAGUGUUCCUGUCCUUCUAUUUUCUCAUAAAGUGUCUCCUGGAUUGUUAAAAUAUCAAAAAAACUAUGAUCCUAAGACUACGGUACCAAUAGAAUCCUUUGAGAUCAUCUCCCAUGAAUUAAUUGACCACUGUAAUUCUGAUACGUACAUUUAUGUGAACAUUCCAGGUCUACGAAAAUUAGAUCUAAUAGAAUAUGAAGAUGAAUUGAAAUUUCUUCAAAGAUAUUUAAAUCAAAGUUCGACAAAAUUAAAAUUCGAACAAGUGAAAAAUUUGCCAGAAGAUUAUUAUUCAGACCUUACUACAUAUACUAAGGACACUUGCAAAUUUGAAGGAUAUAUUAGCCUACAUGGAAAUAACAGUGAUGACUUCACAACUUAUUUAGAUUCAGGGAAACGUAUAAUAGAAAUUAAUUAUUCACCUCUUCCAGAUGAUGAUGUGGCACGUCUACAAAGUAUUAUCGAUUUUGAUUUAUACUUCCGGGAAAUUCUGGCACAACUACCAUCGCCUGAUCAAACCAUUAUAUUGACGUCUUUACAUCCAAGUCUAGUACCAGAGAGAGACUAUAAGUCAAUGCCAAUAUUCCCUAAACUGUUCGAGGAUUUAAAUGAGGUUGAAAAAAAUAAUAUGAUUUUAGAUGUGGCUCCCCUAACUAACAAAUUUUCUCCCAAAUUUAGUGGGAUGGAAGACGUACCACCAAAUGUAUUUGAUAUACAGUUCUAUAAUGAGAACAAAAUAUUUAUACUGACCAUUAUAAUAGUCUUUGUUACGUUUGAAAUAUUGAGUGUUUCAAAACUAUUUGGUAAAUCAAAACAUAGUUCACAAAAGCCCAAUCCAAAGAAAGACCUAAAGAUAGAAGAAAAACGAGAAAUAUAUUCAUUAGAGACUGAGAAAGAAGGCAGAACCGUUCUAACAAAGGUUAAUAAAGGUAAGACUAUAUCAAAGGACGACUGA